UUUUUGCUGCCAGCCGAGCCCGACGUCAGGGGCCGCUGUGCGCUGCGCGGGGCUCCGCACGCGGCCGCCACACAAAGGCAGCAGCUCCGCACCGCUCCGCUCCGCACCGCAGGCAGGAUGCAGGUCCGGGGCCUCCUCCUCCUCCUGGCGCUGAUCCUGGUGGCUGCCACUGCUGAGGCUGGCAAGAACAAGAAAGAGAAGGCAAAGAAGGAUGGCUCCAAGUGCGAGGAUUGGCGCUGGGGACCCUGUGUUCCCAACAGUAAGGACUGUGGCCUGGGUUAUCGUGAGGGAACUUGCAAAGAUGAGAGUAAGAAGCUCAAGUGCAAGAUCCCUUGCAACUGGAAGAAAAAAUUUGGAGCUGACUGCAAGUACAAGUUUGAGAGCUGGGGAGGCUGUAGUGCUCAGACAGGUCUGAAGACUCGCUCUGGCAUCCUGAAGAAAGCCCUGUACAAUGCCCAGUGUGAGGAGAUUGUCUAUGUGACCAAGCCCUGCUCCUCCAAGAUCAAGUCAAAGUCCAAAGCAAAGAAGGGCAAGGGGAAGGACUAGAGCAGGAAGCCAGCAUCCUCAUYGGCUCCUCGACAUG